UUCGAGGUAGGAGGCCGCUUUGGUUUGGUAUGGAGCUAGGUGCAGAUGCAAUGUGGCUCUCGAUAGCACCUUAUGGAUAGUUGCGUCCCAAAGGAUGAGAAUAGCUGCUGAAGUCCUAAAGAGCAAGCCUAACUCAAGCUAUUGGCACACAGGCAUUACACAGAAAGCUGGAAGUUGAAAUGGCCAAACGUACCAAGAAGGUUGGGAUCGUCGGUAAAUAUGGGACCCGCUAUGGGGCCUCCCUCCGGAAAAUGGUGAAGAAAACUGAAAUCAGCCAGCAUGCCAAGUACACUUGCUCUUUCUGUGGCAAAACCAAGAUGAAGAGACGAGCUGUGGGCAUCUGGCACUGUGGUUCCUGCAUGAAGACAGUGGCUGGCGGUGCCUGGACGUACAAUACCACUUCCACUGUCACAGUAAAGUCCGCCAUCAGAAGACUGAAGGAAUUGAAAGACCAGUAGACGCUCCUCUACUCUUUGAGACAUCACUGGCCUAUAAUAAAUGGGUUAAUU